CCCAGCGUGCUCGCGCGCGAUUGCGGGGUGGAGCCUUCUUCGUGACCUUUCACCCCAGCAUGGCUGCGCCCGUGGGACCCGUGAAGUUCUGGCGACCGGGUACAGAGGGGCCAGGUGUCAGCAUCUCUGAAGAGAGACAAAGUAUCACUGAAAACUCUGGGACCACCGUUGUUUACAACCCUUAUGCUGCCCUUUCAAUAGAGCAGCAGAGGCAGAAGCUGCCGGUGUUCAAGCUUAGGAAUCAUAUUUUAUACUUGAUAGAAAACUAUCAGACAGUGGUGAUUGUUGGAGAAACGGGAUGUGGGAAAAGCACGCAGAUUCCUCAAUACCUUGCAGAAGCUGGCUGGACCGCGGAAGGAAGAGUAGUGGGAGUGACCCAGCCUCGGAGAGUGGCUGCUGUUACAGUUGCAGGGAGAGUGGCUGAGGAAAGGGGUGCAGUGCUGGGCCAUGAGGUGGGCUACUGCAUUCGCUUUGAUGACUGCACCGACCUGCUGGCUACAAGAAUUAAGUUUCUUACUGAUGGAAUGCUGGUCAGGGAAAUGAUGGUUGAUCCAUUGUUAACAAAAUAUAGCGCCAUCAUGCUGGACGAAGCUCAUGAGAGGACCUUGUACACUGACAUAGCCAUUGGCUUGCUAAAAAAGAUUCAGAAAAAGCGUGGAGAUCUUCGAUUGAUUGUGGCUUCGGCUACUCUGGAUGCAGAGAAAUUUCGGGAUUUCUUUAAUCAAAAUGAAACCAGUGACCCAACCAGGGAUACGUGUGUGAUCCUUACAGUGGAAGGGCGAACAUUCCCGGUGGAUAUAUUUUAUCUGCAAAGUCCUGUUCCAGAUUACAUCAAAUCAACUGUGGAAACGGUGGUGAAAAUUCACCAGACAGAGGGCGAUGGAGACAUACUAGCAUUUCUUACUGGCCAGGAAGAGGUAGAAACUGUUGUAUCUAUGCUGAUCGAGCAGGCUCGAGCAUUAGCUCGCACUGGGAUGAAGAGACACCUCCGAGUCCUCCCCAUGUAUGCGGGACUGCCUUCCUUUGAGCAAAUGAAAGUGUUUGAAAGGGUGUCACGCAGUGUCAGAAAGGUGAUAGUGGCCACCAAUGUGGCAGAAACCUCCAUUACAAUCAGCGGUGUCGUGUAUGUGAUCGACUGUGGCUUUGUGAAACUCCGAGCCUACAAUCCCAGGACGGCUAUCGAAUGCUUGGUGGUGGUGCCAGUGUCCCAGGCUUCAGCCAACCAACGAGCAGGACGUGGUGGUCGCAGCCGCUCGGGAAAAUGCUAUCGCCUUUAUACAGAGGAAGCCUUUGACAAGCUGCCCGAAUCUACUGUUCCUGAGAUGCAGCGUAGCAAUUUGGCACCUGUCAUCCUGCAGCUGAAAGCACUGGGAAUUGACAAUGUCCUCAGGUUCCACUUCAUGUCGCCCCCUCCAGCACAGUCGAUGGUUCAAGCUUUGGAGUUACUCUAUGCUCUGGGAGGUCUGGACAAAGACUGUCGCCUAACCGAACCACUUGGCAUGAGAAUAGCAGAGUUUCCUUUGAAUCCCAUGUUUGCCAAAAUGCUGCUUGAAUCAGGAAAUUUUGGCUGUUCUCAGGAAAUUUUAAGCAUCGCGGCCAUGAUGCAGAUCCAGAAUAUCUUUGUGGUCCCCUCAAACCAGAAGUCUCAGGCAAUUCGAGUGCACCGUAAAUUUGCCGUGGAGGAGGGCGAUCACCUCACUAUGCUUAACGUGUACGAAGCAUUUAUCAAACACAAUAAGAACUCUCAGUGGUGUCAGGAACAUUUCCUGAAUUACAAGGGCCUUGUCAGAGCUGCAACUGUACGAGAACAAUUGAAAAAGCUUCUUGUCAAGUUUCAAGUACCCAAGAAGUCUAGUGAAGGUGAUCCAGAUCCGGUUCUGAGGUGCAUUGUUUCAGGAUUCUUUGCAAAUGCUGCGAGGUUUCAUUCUACAGGAGCUUACAGGACUAUCCGUGAUGAUCAUGAACUGCACAUCCACCCUGCGUCAGUCCUCUACGCAGAGAAGCCGCCUCGCUGGGUUAUCUACAAUGAAGUUAUACAAACCUCCAAGUAUUAUAUGAGAGAUGUGACUGCCAUUGAAUCUGCCUGGCUGUUGGAGCUGGCUCCACACUUUUAUCAACAAGGAACGCACCUGUCUCUGAAAGCCAAAAGGGCCAAGGUCCAGGACCAGUGAGCAGAGCUCAGCUGUGGCUUCAGGGGCUGCUUGGUGUCCUCUCCAUGCUGCUGCCCCUUGCCCCAGGCAGGGUGAGCUGGCAGCAGCUCCUGUGGAACCUGCAGCUGCUCUGAAGUGGGCUGCAGCCCGUUCGUUAGCCCCUUUCUUCCCACCGUCCUCAGCAUUUGCAUUCCUUGCUGGGAUCCCAGAGGACUCUGUGCAUGGGAGGCAUCCCGCCGCGCUGCACCCGGCAGAGCGGGAGUUGGCUCACUCGGCACGCUCACUAACCCCGCAUGCCACGUCCAGCAGGCACACGGGCCUGGCCCAGCUUUCUGGGGACUGAAGAGGGGAAAGUUGAUGGACAGAGGGUUUACUUUCCUUGCCGGGGCCACUGUGACGUCCUCUGCCAAGUGUGAACAAGCACGUGUCUACAAAGGAAUGAGACCUCAGAAACGCUGGGGAUCUCUGCUGCAGUCACCGAGGGGCGUGUCUGGUGGGCACUAGGCUUCCCAGACAAGCAAGCAGCUUCUGUUUGUUCUCUGCCCUUGUCCCUGUUUAUCUGCGGCCGGGAGACUUGCAGGGGAUUGGUGAUGGACACAGGGGACUCGUGCACUGUGUUAGUCAAGGAUUUCUAUUUCACAAGUGGGCUUAGCUUCCUCUCAGAGUACAAUACCACAUCCUGGUGCCACUGGCUGAGCACUAGUGGAAAGUUUAUCAGCCCACAGGGGCUCCUCUUUAGCAGAAAUUCACAACAGUUUAGACGCUCUAAACUUCUGUAGCUCAGGAACAUCAUAACUACCGUAUAUUUGUUUUUUGUUUGCUUGGAUUCUUGCAAGAGCACAUGGGGGCGGCUCUGCCAGCAGGCACUGGCUUUAGCGUUGCCCAGGGCUGCUUUGCUGUGAUGAUGUCUGCAUUUCCACACAUGACUGAUACAGAUUCCCCCCCCCCUUACGAUUUCAAUGACAUUUAUUUUAAAAACACGUAGCUUGAAAAUUUAUUUUUGUACUGAUAUUAGUUUGGAUAUGCCACUUUUGGCACCAAACAUGUAUGUCAUUUUUAUUUGUUUUAUAAACAUGUAAAUAAUAGUGAUAACUUGUUAAUAAUAGUAAACCUUUAUACCUAAAGUAAAUGUAUUCCCUCCCACA